GCUGAUUCAUGAUGCCAAUGUUUUGAAAGAACAUAGAGGCAGAUGUUCAUUAUCAGGAGGAGCAGCCAGGUGAUAAUUGAUGACAAAUGUGUUUGUAGGUCGUUAUCCUUUAAGACCAGAAUCAUUAUUAGAUGGAGGACAAGGAAGAAAGAUUUGAUAAAAUUGUUGAGCAAUUAGUAAAAAGAAUAUUUAUUGAUGCUUACCUGGAUAUUAUAAGCAAAAAAUUGGUUCAGAAGAUAUCAGAAGACUUAGAAAAGCAGUACCUUGAAGAUGUUAAUUUGCAAGGCAACCAGAGUCUUAAAGAACAAAAAGAUCCCAUGAGCAAGCAAGUAGAUGAUAGCAACAAUAGUAUUAUGACUAAACAAUCACUCAAAGAAUUCAAGGAAAACAGUUUAAUUUCUGAAAUACAAAGCCCAGAUGUAGAUGUUAACAGUACUGCUGAAAAUGUAAAGAAAGAGGAAUUAAUAUUAGAUGGCAAAGUUCAAGACAAUGUUAAUACAGUGUAUGAGAAUCAAAAUAGGGAUGAGCAGGCGAGAGCAGAAGAAGAAGAAAAAUUCUCUAGUGAAGAUGAAAAUUUGAAAGAGAAAGAGCUUAUUCAUUUGGAAAAUGAUGAUGAUCAUCCUAAAGAAAUCCACAAUAAAGUAAAAGUUGUCUGCUCUACUCCAGUGAAGAAGAGUACGACCAAUGUCCAAGAAGUGCAGAAAGAUGGGAAUACAUCCUUGAAUCCAAACUUAUCAUCCAAUUUGGCUGUAAUGAUUGGUGAUCUGAGUAGCAUUGGCAAUGACAUAUAUGCUGAAAGCAUUUCACUGCUGAGUCUGCCAAGGCAUGACAGAAUGGAGGUUGACAAAGACGAUGGUUCAAACACGCCAAGGCCAUCAACACUGUCCCUUUCUGACUUGGAUGACGCAUCUAUGGAUUCUUAUAAACGCAUUUCUAGUCACCAUGAUACAGUGUUAGCAAGUUUGGUUAACGAUCAGACAAUCACUAGUGAACACGAUGAAGCUGUUAAUCAAUUACAAAAAUGGUAUGAAAAAGAAAUUCGACGGCUCCAGUUUGAGAAGCAGGAGAUUGUUGCGUUAACAAGAUCUCCAAAAAGCAAUGUCUCUUUGAUGAGGAUGAAGUAUUUAGAAGAGAUUAAGGUUGAUUUAGAGGAAAGAUGCCACCAGGCGGAGAGACGGAAUAAGCAGCUUACAUUAGAGGUUGAUCGACUAAGCCGAUCCUGUUUUGAACUGGAGAGGAAAGUAGAGCUCUUGGAAGCCGACAAAGCUAUGCUUCAAGAACGCAGUUUUAAGAUAAGCCAGGACAGGCAAAAAUCGAUUAACGAAAUAACGAUUCUGCAGGAUCGAUUGGGGGAAUCAAUCAGUUCUCGAAGGCUGCUUGAAGAUGAGAUUAUCCGCCUUAAGCAAAAGGAGUUUUCUGCGAGCUCAAGGCUUGAUGACAGUGGCACAAUGAUUAGCGAGCUUCGAGAGGAUUUACAAAGCAGCAAGAAGGACUGUGCUGAUAAGGAAAAGAUUAUUCUGAACAUAUCAUCUCAAAAAAAGGAAAUCCAGCAGAAUUUGAACGAAGCUUUGGAGCAGAUCAGCCGACUUGAAGAUGCAUCAUCUCAACGUGCAAGGGAAAAGAAUCUUUUUCAUAAGCUUUUAGAGGAGUACGAAAUUCUCUACAACCAGCAUCGCAGAAUUAGGGACUUGUAUAAUGAGGCGCUGCAGAAGCUGGAUGAAAAUAUUGAAGAUGACAAUUUCAAGAGAGGCACGCCAAAAAGCGGCUUAUCGCUUAAAAUUCCGUCGCGAAACAGUUCUUUAAGAAAAAAAUGGACCAUGUCGCCAACAUCACCAUCAAUUAGAGAGCAAGAUGACAGUCAAAGUUCUCCUAAAAAAAAUACCGAUGUGUCAAGAAAUCACAGGCAUGAUAAUAGCCUUCUUGAGAACCAUCACAUGAACCGGCACAGUACUGGAAGCAUACUUGCUUGGGAGACAGCUAGUGACUACAACAACAAUAGUACACUUCAAAAUGAUAAUGGCAGUGAAAGAGAUUCUAGACUAGGAAAUUCAUCUCAUACGAGAUGGUUUGAAAAGCGUCUCUCUUACAAUGAAAAGAGCACCGAGCGGCAACAUGAUGAUGAAACAAAUCGGAUUGUCCAUAGCAAUGAGACACAUGGAAGUUCCAGGAAGCAAAGGGAUUGGGUUGUUCAAAAUAUGAAUGGUAUUACAAGAUUCGAUGUGGUAUUUUCACCAACUAAAUCGCGUUACCAAGAAGCUGAGAGGGAGUAUACUCAAGGGCGUGGGUCGUCGAGGAAUGAUAGCGAGCAAGCUCAUGUCAACAAAGAACACGAUCUGGAAAAAAGAGAUGAUAGAGUUGUAGAUUCCUCAGCAGAGAUAUACGACCUUGAAAAUGAUCUAAAAAAGCUUUCAGCAGAAAAGAACGAGAUUGAAUCACAAUUAAAUAGAAUGCCAAGAAAUGGUUCUGGUAGAGCACGGCGUUCAAAUGCAGAGAAGCAGGAACUUCUUGAGGAAAGGCUAGACGAAGUUAAUAAAUAUAUUGGAAAUAUAAAAAUGGCACUAAGGCGACACAAAGCACUCUAGAGUCUCAGUUUAUAUAAUCGAGUAAAUUAUUCUUUAUCAAUAUAUUGAUGCCAUCGUAGCUUAGAGUGUAUUUAUUAUGAUGCUAUGGCAAAGGAAAAAUUUAUAAAGAGAGUUUUCUUUGUAGCAGUGAUGUAUAUUAGGUUAUGAAAACUUAGUUAACUUUUAGGUUAUCAGAAUCGAAACUAUAAUGUUUUUUUGCCAAAUGUGAACACCUGAAAAUGUGAAUUGAUCUAGUUGGCUAACUGACAGUUUGCUGUUUCUUAAUAAUAAUAGAGUGACAUCCCUAUUUGCUACUAGGGUAUUUUAUUGAUAUUUAAUCGAUAUACAUUAAUUCAAUCAUGCAAGUUUUCAUAUUGUAACAAUAUCUAGUUAAAUUUGUGCAUUCUUCGCACUACACAGUCUAUUUUUCUUUAGAUGGCCACACCCUAUAUCCAAUACUUCUGUAUGAAAAUAUACAUUGAAAGGUACUAUAUAACACGAGGUACCGAAAAUAAUCGGUUUCUUAUUCAUUUCCAAUAAUACUUACUUUAUCGUACAACUGAUACAUCCAAAAAAUUAGUAUUAAAGAUUUCCAUUUAGCUGAGAGUAAAUUUUACAUAUAAACUUUGUUUGAUAUUUUCUGAAAUGAUACUUUUAAUUUUAAGUAUUUAUUGACCAUACUAAUUAUAAACUUGGUUUUUAUAUAAUUCCAAAUGGAAGGUUUUAACUAUUCAGCACAAUAUUUGUUUUGUAUAUUUUGGUAUGGUUACACCAGAGGACGCAUCAAUAGUUUUAAAGACAUAUAGUGAAACGGCUAGAAUUAUAUUUUUAUGUUUCUUUAAUGCACGCAGUAUGUUUUUAAGUAUUUUACAUUUAAGUAUUAUGCCUUGGCAUUUUAUUGGAUUCUUUAAUUGAAUUCGAGUGUAUUGUGGAUUUAUCAAUGAAGAUUGGGCCUAUUUCCUUACCAAU